AUGCAGCUCUCGUGCAAACGCUUUGCCUCGUUUCGAUUAGAUCAUGCUGCUGCUGAUGCUGUUGCUGAUGUUGCUCCGGUUCGCUCACUCACCCAGUUCGUGGAGGGUGGAUGAUGGGUUGGCUUAAGUAUUCGGAAGACCCCUUUUUAAAGGUCAAAUAAAUAAACGCGCCAGUGAGUCUGAACCGCUCCUCUCCCUCUCCCCCAUAGUGCUCCACUCACUCCGCCCACAGGAAUACACAAUCUGUGGCCGACUGGAAAGCACUUUUCUCCAACUGAUGGUCGGCGGUCUGGUGGGACGUAUCCACUCAGCAAUUAUGUUGCUGCUUUUGCCGGUGAAGGGGUAGACCGGCAGGCAACUACAGAGAACCGGCCACAUUGAACGUGAUUGCCCCUUGAUGGUUGCAGCUCAAAUUUCUCCAGAGGAUUGUUCUGACCGCGGGGGCCAACGGCCAGUGGCCCCCGACGUUGGAUUGAUUUGAACGCAAGUGCCUUUCACGCGCACGCAAACGGAAAACGUUUGCAGAAUACUAUCCUAACAACGAACCUUUUCGUGGUAUCUAGCCAUGGCUCGGUGUUAUUUAUUUAUCCACGUUUGAUCACCCUCCUUCCGAUCCACCACGAUCACCGGUGGUGAGCGUUGCAGCGUGAUCUUCGCUACACUAACCUUCACUAACCUCUGCUCUCAUUUUUGUGUCUGUAUGUGUUUGCUUAGUUAUUGAAACACUGAUUCACAGUUCAACUUACCAGAGAUGCCUUUUUUGAUCGGUUCGCGACAUGAUUAACUGGUGAAGAUCGUCAGCGAACUAGGCGAGACGAAUCGUCUCGAAUUUGUGCGCGAAUCGUCUAUUUUCACGUGCAAAGUUCCCCUUUUUGGAACCACCAAUUGGUGCGCUUGAGCGUAUGCCUUAUCGCGUGAUAAGUGAUCGUGUGGUUUCUCGCGGAUUAUUAAUGAGCUUAUAAUUUGGCGAAUGUGACAUUUCGUUACCACGAUAAACGCCAUUAAUAGUGAAUUAAGUGGUCCCCGGCAUCGGGCGCUAAUAUAAAAUUCCAUCAUUGCGCGAUCUGCUUCAGUAGUCAACGACAAUCGAUCAUACUGGAUAGAGAUAUUGCUUGCAAGCGGGAUAGUUUUUUGAGCCAAGAGGUAGCAGCUACGAUGACCUCUACAACAUCGAUUUUUAUCGCGGUGGUGAUGCUCCACUGUAGCUUUGUGAUUGGUAGUCUCACUGGGUCCGAUACGAGGCCCGAUAUGGGGAUGUGGUCCGAUAAGAUCUACUCCCUGGUACCAAACGUUCCAGUGAGCGCGACCUCCAAUGAUACCACCCAGACCUCCAAUGACACCACGGUCACCAAUGGCACCGACAAUCAGGCGGAAGUGCAUGCCUCUUCGGAGAGUGUUGAUCAGCAGAACUCGACAGAACCUUCCACAGUGCCAACUCUAAUCGAGGGUGUAAAAGGUGAGGAUUUGUCGCUGGAGGGUGGUAGAAGCGAAGAGACGAUCAUCGUUAACGAUUCUCCAGCAUUUGGCCCACUCGGUCCCGCCAUCGUUCAGGUGCAACAUCACGACAUACAAGAACAUGAUAGACAGGACAUGAUGCAACAAGGACUAGCGCGUGGUACCAUUAUUGAGCCCGGGAACCGACGACUGGGUGGCGGUAAUGUUACACCUAAUGCUACCACUGAAGUUUCCGAAGAUAACACCGGAGUACAGCGCAUGCCACCGUAUCGGGGACCGAGGACUGAGUAACGUGUGU